AUGAUUACUAAAAUAGAAACACUACCUAAUGAAAUUCUUCUUAAUAUUUUCUCUUAUUUCCCAUGGUUCGAUAUAUUAACAUCUUUAUGGUCGUUAAAUUUUCGGUUGAAUUCUCUUGUAUGUUCAAUUCUUUCAAUAAAUGAUAAUCAAUUGAAUAGUGGUCUUCUUAUUACACAUGGUUUAUCUUAUAAUAAAUGUUGUUCAAUAUUAUUUCCAUUGAUUUUAAAUUCCUCAUCUCUUUGUUCUUCUAUUCAACGUAUUCAUUUUGAUGAAACAAAUUCAAUUGCUUCUGAUCUUUGUUAUCAAUGGUUGUUUAAUGAUAAAAAUAUCCUUCGUUUUCCUAAUCUCAAAUCAUUUAUUCUUACUCGAUGUGGAUCAAUCGAACCAAUAAUUCAAAGUUUAACUCAUCUUAUUGAACAUCAACUAGAGGAACUUACGUUAACAUUUGAUCAUCAAGUAUUCAAACGGUUUUUUUAUUCAAAGAAAUAUUCCUCAAUAACUUCCAGUGAAGGUAAUCAAUCGUUUAUUUAA